UUUUAUCUUAACUUACAGUGUUGCGGCAUGCAACAGCAAAGGUGCAUCGCACAUAUAUCUAGAAACUACAGCUGUUUCGAACAUUUUUAAAAGCAUAAGAGAGAUUUCCAAUGUCUGGAACUAAAGCGAUCCUGCAUAAGUGCAGGUGGGUCAUACCAAUUCUAUCUCUUGUGCUUGCCUGUGCGUUUCCAACGACCAGCAAUCCUGUACCGGAACAGAAUGAACAUAUUUGUUAUAAGGAGCCUAGUCCAAAUACCCAAGUAUUGGAAAAAAAUGGUGACUUAUACGUUAUGAAACCGUCAAACGAAACCAGCGGUACUUACAAAAAAGCUGCUGUUGCUUCAAGCUCUGUGCAAUGCGCUGACAUCGGUACGAAAAUUCUGAAAAAAGGUGGAUCCGCAGUAGAUGCUGCAAUCGCUACACUUCUAUGCGAUGGUGUUGUCUCUCUACAAUCGAUGGGAAUCGGCGGUGGCUUCUUGAUGACAAUCUGGGACGCUAAGGAGAAGAAGGCGCAUUUUUUGAAUGCUCGCGAAUAUGCCCCUGCAGCUGCACACGAAACAAUAUUUACUAUAGCUAACGAGGAUGAGUCAGUUAACGGUGGUAAAGCGAUAGCUGUUCCUGGAGAAAUAGCUGGUUAUUGGGAAGCCCAUCAAAAAUUCGGUAAAUUGAAGUGGGCUGAACUUUUCGACGAUGCUAUUAAGAUUUGCGAAAAAGGAUCAUACGUAUCGGGUUAUAGUGCUAAUAACGUUCAGAAAGUCAAGAAGGAUUUAGAAAACUCUGCACAGAACUUCACCAAACCUUUAAAAGAUAUUCUGACGAAACCGAAUAAUAAUAAUGAAUUCGUGGAUAUCGGAGAUAGAAUUAUUAGGCAAAAACUGGCCGAGACGCUAAGAAUGAUCAGAGAUGGUGGCAAAGAUGUGUUUUACAAUGGAAAAAUCGCCGAUGAUCUGGUCUCAGACAUCAAACAAGCUGGUGGAAUCAUAGAGAAAAAAGAUUUUCAAGAUUAUACCGUUGAGUGGAAAACUCCAGUCAGUACAACCAUUAAAGGGAAAACGCUGUACUCAGCUUCUACUCCUGGAUCUGGAGCCGUGCUAGCUUUCAUACUUAACGUUCUUGAAGAUUCGAUUUCUACUGCAACAAAUAAAAGUGUCAUGUACCAACGAAUCACCGAAACGUUAAAAUGGGGUUAUGCUGAAAAAAAUUACAUCGGAGAUUUCAUUGAAAGAGACGAAUAUAACAAUAGAACGAGUAAAGAAGAAUGUAAAGUAGAACCAUGCCAUGUAAAAGACUUAAAAAAUAAAGGCUAUUACUUUGUAAAACGAAACAAUGAGAUUUGGGACAAAGACUGUUUAGUGUCGGUCACCUUGAAGAAAUUACUUAGUAAGGAAUAUGCUAAUGAAAUAAGGACUAAAAUUGAAGAUAGCAAAACAUAUAAUGAUUAUAAACAUUACGGUGUUGAUAGCGCGGGAAGUAUAGAUGAGGGAACUUCUCAUACUUCUGUAUAUGCUGAAGAUGGAUCUGCAGUUUCCGUUACAUCUACUGUUAACCAUGGAUAUGGCUCGAAGGUUCUAUCCAAAAAAACAGGCAUCAUUCUAAACAACGAAAUGAACGACUAUAAUUACCCUGGUAUUGACAGCUUUUUUGGUAAACCGUCUGAAUUCAAUUUUGUGAGAAAAGGUUCUAAGCUGCGGCCAUUAAGCUCAAUGUUGCCGACUAUAAUUCUGAAUGAGGAUCAAACAGCAAGGCUUGUCAUUGGAUCAGCCGGAGGGCCAAAAAUUAUAUCUGGUGUAGUUGAAGUAAUCAUCAACAACUUAAUAUUAGGUGAUGACAUCAGAACUUCUGUCGAUAAACAAAGAAUAAAUCCUAACUUUUGGUCCAUGUCACUACAAAUAGAGCCAAGUUUUGAUCCAGAAGUCAAGACAUAUCUAGAAAGCAUCGGGCACAAGACCACUAUUUGGCUUAAUAUGCUGAACACGGUUGCUGCGAUUUCUGUAAACAAGGACAGCGUCACAGCUAGCGGGGAUUUCCGAAGACAAGCUGGAACUUGUGGUUUUUAAUUUAUAAUAAAUUGAUAUUGAUUUUAAAUAAAAAAAAAACGUCCUUUUAGCAUA